UGAGCUAGCACUAGACCUAUUUUCUCCACUAGCACUGGUCAGAACCUAUAUCAUCUCGGUAUAAGGCUGAGGCACUUCUCACCAUCACACAGUGUGAGCAACGUUAGUAGCAAGGCUACCAACAUGUAGCAUGUAUCCUUGCUCGUUACUGACCGUCCUCGUGAGUCGUCAGUGUUGACAAACGUUACGUCACUGUACGCUGUCGUUAGGUGGGGCGGGCGCUGUGUUGUUGCUAUCGUCGUGCGAGACGUUACGAUUUAUUCUACACCGUCUAGCCUUGGAUUAAAACGACGGAUAACAUUUCACAUCCUCGACUCCGCAAAGGGUCCUGCUGUUUGCUAGUUUUUUCUCUUACUAUUCCGAGUCAACAUGGGGAGCUGCUUAACUGUGGGGCCGAACGAAGCUCUGGUGGUCUCUGGUGGCUGCUGUGGCUCUGAUACAAAGACCUACGCCGUGGGAGGCUGGGCCUGGGCCUGGUGUCUCAUCUCGGACACCCAAAGGAUAACCCUGGAGAUCAUGACUCUGCAGCCCCGAUGUGAGGAUGUGGAGACCGCAGAGGGGGUAGCCAUCACUGUCACAGGGGUGGCUCAGGUGAAAGUGAUGACGGAGCAUGACUUACUGGCCGUGGCCUGUGAGCAGUUCCUGGGUAAAUCAGUCACGGAGAUCAAAGCUGUGGUCCUGCAGACUCUGGAGGGACAUCUGCGCUCCAUUCUAGGUACUUUGACUGUCGAGCAGAUCUAUCAGGACAGGGACCAGUUCGCCAAACUGGUGAGGGAGGUAGCGUCUCCCGACGUGGGCAGGAUGGGCAUCGAGAUUCUCAGCUUCACCAUUAAGGUGGGUGGGCAGUGCUGCAAGAGGCUACGGGAACGAUACCUGGAACUCUUGACAGCGAACCAGAACACCUGAAGAAAGUUGUAAUGUAGCUAAGGGUCAAAAUAAUACAUAUUGGCAUGGAUUAUGAAAAUGGAAAACAGCAUGUAUUUAAAUCGAUCUGUGGUCUGGAUUCAAGAACAACCCCUAUUCACGGGCCUGUCCGGCAGGUGUGAGAACCCUCCUCGAUGGUGGCCGACCUGGGUCUGGGUCACGGGUCUGAGGAAGAGAAGAAGCAUAUUUAAGGAUUCGAGGAUCAUUCACUGUCAUUAUGCAACACGGGGAUGCACAACAAGAUGUUAAUUGACCGUCAAAGAGAAACGCUUGUGCACAUGCUUUCUUGAGAUCAGCUGAGAGAACAUCGACGUAUUUCAGAGAUCUAAAAGACAGACAACAUUCAAAGUCAUUUCCAGUCAAGCAUCAUAAACUUUUAACAGCUGUCCCGCUUGUGUUUAUAGUUUCGUGGUGUCCAAUAAAGCUGUAAAAAUAGUUCAGCUAUUUAGGUCUGAUGAAAUCAAACGAGCUCCUAGAGCACUAUUUCAGAAGGUUUGAUUAAUAUUCUUAUAAUACUAUUUAUUGUGAUAUUUCUGCCCACAAUAAUAGAUCCACAGUCACUAGAGCUGAGCGGCAGACCAUGUGUUUAUAGGCUAAGCAGCACUGUAGCGAUCACACAAACAUGAGUCAGCAGCUACCCCGUCCUCUAUGGAAUAUGUAUCUGUAAUAUGUUUUGAUCUACCAUCGAGGCUGCUGCUCAUUAGAGAAGUCUUCUCUGGCAGCAGCCUCCCUCCUCCUGUGCACUUCACUGCUGUUGAUUAGAACUAAUUGGAGUGUGCUGCAGACACAGCGGCUCACCGCACCGCUUAGCUGAAAGCCCAGAGUCCAUUUCUUUCACAUCAGUGGGUCCAGAUGGUUUUGUGUGACGCGUCAGGGCCAGAUUAGCGCAUUAGUGGAGGCCUCAGACAUUUGUGGGUUGUCUUUUCAGUAUUUAUUUGCUGUGGAUAUUAUUUGUAAAAACAGGGAGUUCCUUUUAUGUGGUUGUUGGACGUAGCUGAGACCUUGCAACCAAUCAAAUGCUUCCUGUGAAUGAGGCAACUCUUUUAGUGCAGGCGUGGAAAAUCAAUAAACUGUUGCGACGCACAGAUCGAAGGUCUAAUGUGUGAUCGCAACCGCAAUCAGUGGUGAGAGAAACAGGAUAUUUAGGUAUUCACUACAUAUUUCUGAUAAUAAUGUUUAUGUAAUUCUUCUCUUCAGUCCAGCCUCUUCAUGAGACUUUGUUAGAUUUUGACGUCAUGGUUUUAUUUAUCGCUGCAUCCACCGUCUAUUUAACUCACACUUGGAAGCCGCCCAGUACAAACACAGUUUACACAGCUACAUCCAGAGCUCCUCACUGACGCUCCAGUCUGCCUUCAGCCUCUUAUGAACACUGAGAGAUGAUGUAUGAUGUGUCCGUGUUGUCUGUGCUUUCAUCAACAGCUAAUGAAGAAGACGAGUACCUGCUCGUCUCUUCGGCUAGCUGU